UAGGAAGGGGGAGCCGCCCUCCGCGUUGGCUACAUCCGCCUUUUCGAGCGCACUUGUGGUGCGCAAGCGCAGGAUAAAGAACAGGAUUGGGUUGUCAGCCGGAGGCCGCCUCUCGUUCCAACCAAUCAGAGUGCGCAAGGGGCUGGGCCUGGUUGUCACUGGCCGACACGGUGUCUGCGCGCGGGUUUCGUUGCGCGGCAGGCGUUCGCGCGAGUGCUUCGUCUUUAGGGUCAGCGCCAUGGGGUCCGGGCUCCUCGAACGCCUAGCCCCGAGGCUGGGCCUCUCCGAUCCCGACCUGCUGAGGAAAGCAGAGGAGUACUUACGACUGUCCCAGUUGAAGUGUGUUGGCCUCUCUGCCCAUACCACCGAAACCAGCAAUGCGGUCAUGUGCCUGGACCUUGCAGCUUCCUGUAUGAAGUACCCCUUGGACAGGGCUUAUUUAAUUAAACUUUCUGGUUUGAACAAGAAGAUGUAUCAGAGCUGUCUUAAAUCUUUUGAGUGUUUACUGGGCUUGAAUUCAAAUAUUGGAAUCAGAGACCUAGCAGUACAGUUUAGCUGUACAGAAGCAGUGAACAUGGCUUCAAAGAUACUGCAAAGGUAUGAAUCCAGUCUUCCUCAGACACAGCAAGUAGAUCUUGAUUUGUCCAGGCCGCUUUUCACCACUGCUGCAGUACUCUCAGCAUGCAAGAUUCUAAAACUGAAAGUGGAUAAAAACAAAAUGGUAGCUGCAUCUGGUGUAAAAAAAGCCAUAUUUGACCGACUGUGUAAACAAUUAGAGAAGAUUGGACAACAGAUUGACAGAGAACCUGGAGAUUUAGCUGCUCCACCACAGAAAAAACAGAAAGCAGUGGAUGAAUUGCCAGCAAAGAAAACAGAGAAGAUAGUAGAGACCUCACACAAACCACAGAAAGAUGAAGACUUGACACAGGAUUAUGAAGAAUGGAAAAGGAAGAUUUUGGAAAAUGCUGCCAUUGCUCAAAAGGCUAUAGCAGAGUGAUUUCAGUUUCCAAAGACUAUUGCCUUAAAAGCAAAGAAGCUAACACAACGGCUGAUGUCUGGGCAGUAUGCUGACCCUUAACAUCGUAAUGGGUCAACCACAGUGCCUCACUUGGUCUGGGCGUCCCACAGGUCUGUGCUCUACUACAAAAUUAGAUUGGAGCCAUUUUGCUUUUUUGUUUUUGUUUUAAGCAGAAGGCAGUGUCCUUCCCUAUCUGCAGUGUGAAAUAUGUGCUGAAUGGAAUCUUACAGAUUUAACUCAAGUCUUUGUGUAGGCUUUUUGGUUUGACUAAAUCGAUGUGUUGUACAGACUAAGUUAAUAAAUGUCAUUUUUUAUAUGCAAGUUGCACUUGUCAGUUUGGAGGAAUCCUUGAUGGGCUGAAGUCUGUCCAGUCUAGUAGGGAAAAACCCACAUUCAUGUACACUGAGCUCACUACUCACCAGAGCACAAAUUUGUGUCAGACUCUGGGCUUAAAACUGUGGUCACCCACUUACCACCUGUGAAACUUUGAGCAAAUUAGUCACCUUCUUUAUGCCUCCUCUGUAAAAUAAAUAGGAACAAAAAUUAUACUACCUUAGAUAAUUUGGAGAAGUAUCUGAACUAAUACAUGCAAAGCAUUCAGCAUAGUACCUGCUGUAAGUAUUCUAUAAAUAUUAGAAUACAGAGUUACACUGGAGGUCUUGCAUGAAGAAUUACCCAUUAGCACCAUAUUAUGAAUCCAGCAAUAAACCAGUUUUUCUUUUGAUAGCCUCAUACUGAAAAAUAUAAUCUUAGUAAAUAGUACUUACUUUAAAACUGGAAGGCAGCAGUAAGUUGUUAGGGGCA